UCAAUAAUUAGGCGAGUGAAGGGCCGCUGCCAACUGGUCUGAUAAAUCGGGCGGCGCUCACUUCCGAUCCGAGUUCCGAGUUGCACGACUCACUUUGUGGAGUUGACCAUAAAACCGAUGUUUGAGUUCAGUGAUUCAAAAUAUAGAACCUCAAAGAAAGCUGAGAGAUAUCUCCAAUGGCGUCUUCUAAUUCCUCUAACAAGUCGAUACUUCCAGUAUCCAUUUCUCCAAGCGGCGAAGAGAAGCAGAAGGAGAGACUCAUCAAAGGAGGCGAUGAGAAGCUUUUUAGAGGAUCUGCAAUGACCAAAAGAGGAGCCUAUGCUGCAAUUUCUUAUAUGUCUUGUGCUGUGCUUUUGGUAAUGUUCAACAAAGCAGCUCUUUCUUCUUAUAACUUCCCUAGUGCGAAUGCUAUAACACUCUUUCAGAUAAUAAGUUCAUGCUCUUUCCUAUAUGCAUUGAGACGCUGGAAGAUCAUCUCUUUCACCACUGGUGAAUCUUUACCUAUUUCUGAUAGCAAUACUACUUUUGUACCAUUGGAGACAUUGAUGCACACCCUUCCUCUUUCAGUUGCCUAUUUGCUUUACAUGCUAGUUACCAUGGAGUCUGUUCGUGGAGUAAAUGUUCCAAUGUACACCACUCUAAGGCGAACUACAGUGGCAUUUACAAUGAUUAUGGAGUACUUGCUGGCAGGGCAGAGGUAUACACCUCCUAUUGUUGGAAGUGUUGGAGUGAUUAUUCUUGGUGCAUUCAUUGCGGGAGCUCGUGACUUGUCAUUUGACUUCUAUGGUUAUGCCGUUGUCUUCUUGGCCAACAUUACGACAGCAAUAUAUCUUGCAACUAUAAGCCGUAUUGGGAAAUCCAGUGGCCUUAAUAGCUUUGGCCUUAUGUGGUGCAAUGGAAUUGUAUGCGGACCAAUUUUGCUGUUUUGGACAUUUAUUCGUGGUGAAUUGGAGAUGACAAUGAAUUUUCCCUAUCUGUUUUCCCCUGGUUUCUUGGCUGUGCUCCUUCUUUCCUGUAUACUGGCUUUCUUCUUGAAUUACAGUAUAUUUCUGAACACUACUCUGAAUUCAGCGCUCACACAGACAAUUUGUGGUAACCUGAAGGACCUCUUUACCAUUGGACUUGGCUGGAUAAUUUUUGGUGGUCUUCCUUUUGACAUUUUCAAUGUUAUUGGACAAUUUCUUGGUUUUCUUGGCUCCGGUUUGUAUGCCUAUUAUAAGCUCAUAGGGAGGUAAUACCUGAGACCAUAUGGCAACAUUAUAUAACUGGAGGUUGACAGUGGCUGCUCUAAUUCUCACAUGUCCUUCUGUUAUAAUGGUAAUGGGUCCGUCCCUGAAAGAGAUUGACUUGCAUCAAGGAGAUUUUUGCUCAGUAGAAAGUUGCUGAUCCUAAUUAAUGGAAGCCUGUUUUUGGCUGUCGCAACCACCAGCAUCACAACAAUGACCCUUUGUACUGAUUUUUUUUUGACCAUCCAAAACUCGAGAUGCAGAAAAUUUAUGGAAGCAUAUAUUGUUAGAAGAACUUGCUAUAAAUUACAGAGUUUCGAGCAUUAAAUUCCCCUCCCCUCCCUCUACGGCUCUCAAUACAAGCAAUCUGGUGUAUCAUUAGGGAACUUGACGAAAUCCCAAUGAUAAUAUCCCUACUACCCUUAUUCCAA